AGACUCGGCUCGUGAGUUUCCCUAAAUAAUUUUGUUCAAAGUAAGCUGUAAAAUUACGUAACAAAUUUAAUCGAGUUUAUCGCUUUGAAUUGAAUGUCACACUGAUAGUUUUAAGUCGGAUGCGUUUCUAUAUUAUGAAGUAAACCGAUCACAAUUACUUUUACGAAAAUUGUUAUAAAUGAGUCACUUUUACCAUGAAUUUGAUAACACUGUGUUAUGCAGCUGGGAUUUUGGCUCAGGUUUCAACAGCAGAUGACCCUUCAGCCGUCCUGGAGGGAAUCAGCGCUGACGCCAGCAGUCGCGGCUCUCCCGACCAGAAGCGGGACAGCGAGGUGACGGUGCUGCGCCAGGGGGUGCCUGCCGGUCCGCUGCUGCUGGUGGGACCUGCCGGAGACCCUGCCGGCGGUGUGCAGCUGGUGCAGGACUCCCUGGAGCCGCUGCUGCUGCCGCCGGUGGUAGACGUGUUUCCCGACGUGCCGGACCGCGUGGGCGACACGCCGCUCCAAGUACAGACGGUGAUUGAGGCCGAGCCUGCCGACGACGACGAGCCGCUCGACGUGCCCUGGGUGUGGGACGACAAGGUGUGCUCGCCUCUGCUCAACCGCGCGCCGCCGCCGGCAGGUCCUUUGACCACCGAGCAGGUCACCUUCGCGUUGCCGCUGGUUGUGCGCGAGAGGAACCGGCUCAAACUGAAAACUCGCUCCGGCGCCGUGUCGCCCCUGCAUAGUGAUGAGGCGGCGUCUACCUUCGAGAAGCUAUUUUGGUGUAUCACCGCCCUGAUUGCCCGGGUUCGCGAGCCGGAGGAACGCACCCGGCUCAUGAAGAAACUGUACCAGGACUACCUGCUCUGGAUGGAGAGAGAUGUAAUUCCCGUUUUUAAUAGAACGGACCUUCGACGGGCCUACAAAUGGAUAAAAAGGAAAGACGACUCCCAGUGGGUCGUUCCCGAGAAAAAGUAUUAUGACUCUGCUAACAAGAAAUCGCCACAUGCAGAAAGGCAGACUGCUGGGGAUGAUAAAGGCGGCGACGGCAACAAGACGGGGCUCAUCAUCUUCAUCUUGAUCCUCAUUAUCGUCAUCAUUAUCAUCUUGUACUGCUGCAUCGUGAAGAAAAAGAAGCUAUUCAACCUCUGGUGUUUUUGUGUCUGCGAGCGCUGCAGGAAAGGCCAGGGAGGAAAGAACCACGAAGAGGAGCGAAGACCACUCGCAGCGAAUAAAAACGGCUCGCCGGGGGGCCUGGACGGUCCAAAGAACACCUACGUAUACCGGAGCAGCAGCUGGAGCAGCAACUCAUCCCUGCAGCCGCCCUGUCCUCCGCCCGACCCGUGCGACCCGCCUCGACCCUCAUCGCCGUGCCCCUAGCGCCGACCGGACGACCCUGGCAACCAGCGGCGGCUUUCCUCUCCGUGCCCCUGACGCCGGCCGGACGAUCCGUGCGACCCACCGCGACGGCUAUCUCCCUGUUCGUAGCGCCGCCGAUGGCAUCACGAGAGGGUCAAUAACCGCCUGUGGGACGACCCACGAUUCUCUGAACCGAGUCCACGACCGCCCGACCCUCACCACCCCGCUGAUUUGCUUAUCGGAGUGGGAGAGCCCUGAGAUGGAGCGACUCUGUGCCCUCACGUGGCACGCUGUAGAUAUCGACAAUAAACACGAUCGGAUGCCUAA